GUGCCGGUGCCGUGCCCGUGCCGUGUCCGUGCCGGUGCCGUGCCCGUGCCGGGCCCGUGCCGGGCCGGUGCCGUAGCCCCGGACGAUGCUGUUCUCCCUGCGCGAGCUCGUGCAGUGGCUCGGCUUCGCCACGUUCGAGCUGUUCCUGCACGGGCUGGCCCUGCUCGCCUUCUCCGUGCUGCUCGUGCUCAAGGUGGACGGCGCGGCCGCCGCGCUCUCCUGGUGGGUCGUGUUCGUGCCCUUCUUCGCCGCCGACGGGCUCAGCACCUACUUCACCACCAUCGUGUCCGUGCGGCUGUUCCAGGACGGCGAGAAGCGCCUGGCGGUGCUGCGGCUCUUCUGGAUCCUCACCAUCCUCAGCCUCAAGUUCGUGUUCGAGAUGCUGCUGUGCCAGAAGCUGGUGGAGCACACGCGGGAGCUCUGGUACGGGCUCAUCAUGUCGCCCGUCUUCAUCCUGCUCCAGCUGCUCAUGAUCCGGGCCUGCCGCGUGAACUGAGCCCCCGCCCGGGGCCGUGCCCGGGGCCGCUCCCGGGCCGCUCCCGUCGCUGCCGCCGUGCGGAGGGGCAGGUGACAGGCGGGGACAGGGGCAGUGCCCCAGCUCGCCGCUGUGGUGCAGAGCAUCACGUUUCUCCAAAAGCUGCACAUCCCUGUUUGUGCCCCCUCAGCUCCUUGUCCUGUCCCGCGAGCGCAGCUGGGCAUGACAGUUAUUUUAUUUUAGAAUAAAAAUGCAUUGAAGGA